UCUUGGCUCGACGUCAGAUGCGCUGUAGCAGUGCAGUAGAAAGCUAGCAUAGACAGUCGAGCCGGACUGAAUGUUUUGCGCCCUUGUGCGAUCAGACUGUCCCUGAAACGAUACCUGUUUUGGAUACUCAAUCUGCCCUGCGCUCCUUUCUCUUUCUUUCAGCACGCCCGCGAAUGGAUUCCUCUCGGAGUUCCUAAGUCUAACAUGGAUGCCCCGCUCGCUGAGGAAGGUUGUUUCUUGGCGCAGUAAGACGGACACGAAGAGCUUGCUAAUGGAUCCGGGGAGUGAAUGCCCUCUCUCCGUCUGACCAUGCCGUGAUCCUGUGCGUGGGCCGUCACCCUGCUUUACGUCAAAAAGAAGAAUUUCGGGGGAAUAUAACGAUCCAGGGAAUAACAUUUGUGUGCAUCUCAGACAUCAUGAAGAUUACCUCCCCACUGAUAACUCAAGCGAGAUUCAGGUGCACCGUCAGGCUUCUUCUGCUGCUAUUAUUAUAUGUGGGAUAUUCACGCGGGAUGCCACAUGUUCUAAGAUUUGGGGGCAUAUUUGAAUCCAUCGAAAGCGGACCCGUCGGUUCGGAAGAACUUGCCUUUAAAUUUGCUUUAAAUACAAUCAACAGGAACAGAACUCUCCUGCCAAACACGACACUCACGUACGACAUCCAAAGGAUAAACAUUCACGACAGCUUCGAAGCCUCCAGGAAGGCAUGUGACCAGCUCUCACUAGGCGUGGCGGCCAUCUUUGGCCCCUCACACAGCUCCUCGGCCAAUGCGGUGCAGUCCAUCUGCAAUGCCCUGGGCGUCCCCCACAUCCAGACCAAGUGGAAGCACCAGGUGUCCGACAACCGGGACUCCUUCUACGUCAGCCUCUACCCGGACUUCUCCUCCCUCAGCAGGGCCAUCCUGGACCUGGUGCACUUCUUCAAAUGGAAGACUGUCACGGUGGUCUACGAUGAUAGCACAGGUCUCAUCCGGCUACAGGAGCUCAUUAAAGCCCCCUCCCGUUACAACAUCCGCUUAAAAAUCCGGCAGUUGCCAGCGGAGACCAAGGACGCCAAACCUUUGUUGAAGGAGAUGAAGCGCGGAAAGGAGUUCCAUGUCAUCUUCGACUGCGGCCAUGAGAUGGCGGCCGGCAUUCUGAAGCAGGGUCUGGCCAUGGGAAUGAUGACAGAAUAUUACCACUAUAUCUUCACCACGCUGGACUUGUUCGCCUUGGACGUGGAGCCAUACCGCUACAGUGGAGUGAACAUGACAGGCUUUAGGAUCCUGAACACUGAGAACAGCCAGGUGAACGCCAUCAUGGAAAAGUGGUCCAUGGAGCGCCUGCAGGCCCCGCCCAAACCCGACUCCGGUCUGCUAGACGGCUUCAUGACGACGGACGCGGCGCUGAUGUACGACGCGGUGCACGUGGUGGCGGUGGCCGUGCAACAGUCGCCUCAGAUCACCGUAAGCUCACUGCAGUGCAACCGCCACAAGCCCUGGCGCUUCGGAAACCGCUUCAUGGCCCUCAUCAAGGAGGCCCACUGGGACGGCUUGACCGGGAGGAUUAACUUCAACAAAACCAAUGGCUUGAGGACAGACUUCGACCUCGACGUCAUCAGCUUAAAGGAGGAAGGCCUUGAGAAGAUUGGUACGUGGGAUCCUUCCAGUGGGCUGAACAUGACUGAAAAUCAGAAGGGAAAAUCCACAAACGUCACAGACUCUUUAUCCAAUCGCUCCCUGGUCGUCUCCACCAUACUGGAGGAGCCCUACGUUAUGUUCAAGAAGUCCGACAAGCCACUGUACGGGAACGACCGCUUUGAGGGCUACUGCAUCGACCUGCUCCGCGAGCUGUCGAUCAUCUUGGGCUUCACCUACGAGGUGCGCCUAGUGGAGGACGGCAAGUACGGUGGCCAGGACGAGACCACCGGCCAGUGGAACGGCAUGGUCCGCGAGCUCAUUGACCACAAAGCUGAUCUUGCAGUUGCUCCACUGGCUAUCACCUACGUGCGGGAGAAGGUCAUCGACUUCUCCAAGCCCUUCAUGACGCUUGGGAUAAGUAUUCUCUACCGCAAGCCCAACGGCACCAACCCCGGCGUCUUCUCCUUCCUCAACCCCCUCUCUCCCGAUAUCUGGAUGUAUAUUCUGCUGGCUUACUUGGGUGUCAGUUGUGUGCUGUUUGUCAUAGCCAGGUUUAGCCCCUACGAGUGGUAUAACCCGCACCCGUGCAAUCCGGACUCAGACGUGGUGGAGAAUAAUUUCACCCUGCUAAAUAGUUUCUGGUUCGGAGUUGGAGCUCUCAUGCAGCAAGGCUCAGAGCUCAUGCCCAAAGCCCUUUCCACCAGGAUCGUAGGCGGCAUCUGGUGGUUCUUCACCCUCAUCAUCAUCUCGUCCUACACGGCCAACCUGGCCGCCUUCCUCACCGUGGAGCGCAUGGAGUCGCCCAUCGACUCUGCCGACGACCUGGCCAAGCAGACCAAGAUCGAGUACGGGGUGAUCGAGGAUGGCGCCACCAUGGCUUUCUUUAAGAAAACCAAGAUCUCCACGUACGACAAGAUGUGGGAGUUCAUGAGCAGCCGGCGUCACUCGGUGAUGGUGAAGAGUAUGGAGGAGGGCAUCCAUCGCGUGCUCACGUCCGACUACGCCUUCCUCAUGGAGUCCACCACCAUCGAGUUUGUCACUCAACGCAACUGCAACCUCACGCAGAUCGGAGGCCUCAUCGACUCCAAGGCCUAUGGAGUGGGCACGCCCAUGGGCUCGCCAUACCGUGACAAGAUCACCAUUGCCAUCCUGCAGCUGCAGGAGGAGGGCAAGUUGCACAUGAUGAAGGAGAAGUGGUGGCGUGGCAACGGUUGCCCGGAGGAGGAGAACAAAGAGGCCAGCGCCCUGGGCGUGCAGAACAUCGGCGGCAUCUUCAUCGUGCUCGCCGCCGGCCUCGUCCUCUCUGUGUUUGUGGCUGUCGGCGAGUUUCUAUAUAAAUCCAAACAAAACGCACAACUUGAAAAGCGCUCCUUCUGCAGUGCCAUGGUGGACGAACUGCGGGUGUCCCUCAAGUGCCAGCGUCGCCUCAAACACAAGCCCCAGCCGCCCGUCAUGGUCAAGACUGAGGAGGUCAUCAACAUGCACACAUUCAACGACCGAAGACUGCCAGGCAAAGAAACCAUGGCCUGAAACAAACAAAUAAACACACAGGAAAACAAACAAACACACAAACAAAAAGCUGGACACUCAAUUUGUGAGGGGGGGGGAUGGGGAAAUGAGAGGGAGGGGCCAGAAGAGAGAGGUUUUCAUAGGUCAUGUUUUGUUUAUUUUGUUUGUUUCGUUUAGAUUUACUUUGUUUCGUUUGGAUUUGCUGGGAGUUUUCUGGGGUUGGGUUGUGAAGGGGUGGGUAGUUCCCUGUAAGAACUAACUGUUGCAUUGUGGUUCAGAUUAGUCGUGGUGUUGCAAAAUUGAACUGAAAUGGCGGAAAGGGGGAGUGGAGGUGUUGAAAAUUAUUUCCUGUGGAAAUAACCUGUGUGGGGGGUUGGGUGAGUUGAUCAAUUGUUCCUGCCAAAUAACACAGGAGUCCAGUUGUGAGUAGAAUCAGGAUUCAGACAGACUUAUACGUGGGAAGUAUGGACUUGGAUAAUGCCACAUUGAAAUGUUCAGAGAUACAUAUGGAUGACAUACCAGGGGCUGACUGUAGGGGACACUUAUCUUUCAUGGCAAAGUGCUUAAGGUCUGGACUGAUGAUUGUGUUAUUUUUCAACCAGUGUUGCUCAACUGAGCUCCAACCACUGAGGCCACUGGGAAGGUGGUCAGUUGAGCAUCACCACGACUCUUAUCACACACACAAACACACAAACAGGGAACACACCCCAAAUCAAGGCAGGCCGAUAUCUCUAUCACAUACCUUAGAACUAAGGAGAAAUUAAUCCAUUAAUUUUUUUAUGUUCAAUGCUGUUUUCAUAUUAGGUUUGUUAUUGAGGUUUUAACAAAAACAAGCUAGCCAGGCCCAAAUGAUUCUAUAAACGGAAUUGCUGAGUCGAGUGGAACAGCUCCAGAUGUACAACAUCCAAUUGAUUAAACACAAUGUCUGCUGAGAAAGGCAGAACAGGAACACACAACACAUCCAUCAGGCAAUAAAUGACUUUUAUUCAAUGGUGUUUCUGAUUACUAACACUUUUUUUUUUUAAAAAGUAUAUGAACUGGGUGUAGGGUACAAGAUGGGAUGAUGUAUUUUUCACAAAAUGUAUGAAUAAAUAACUAAAUAUAUCUAUAUAUGUACACAGACAGGCUGAAUAAGUGCAGAAAGAGAUUACAGAGGUAGAACAGCAGUAGCGCAGUGUCUAAGAUGCUUAUUAGCUUCAUCAUCGACUCAUAGGCAGAGGUCAGGGCAGCUCCCACCUCUAUGGGUCACUCAGACGCGCCUGCUGAUGCAGUAACGUUGCUGAGAGUAUGCGA